AUGGAUAUAUCAACUUCCCUCUUUGUACUGACGGCCUCCCUCGCUUUGGUUACCGGCCAAACGUCUCAGCGGCUCGGAGCUUGCCCGACUCUUGGCUGUGUCUUUCCCCCGGAUCAAGCCGACUUUCUUCCCGGCCAAUACUUUGACCUGCGCCUUGAGGUUCAUGCACCGGUCAAUGGUUCCGAAGCCUUCAACGAUGGCGAGCCGGACGAGAACUUCUCCGUCAUCAUCAGCAAAGAGGGUGGCGAGGCAAAAAGUAUCGCUGAGUUCUUCGAUAUUGCUGAGCCUGCCAUCGAGAAGUGGGAUUUCUCGUGGUACGAAGACCUCUUUGCCGAGGACGCCGAUACGCCUUCGGUAGUCAAUGUCGCGUCCAAGAUAUACCGAAGAUUGGCUAUCUACGAGCCCGGUAACUACGUGGUCGAGUUGUCAUACUACGGUGACAAGAAGACAACAGCGGAAUGGGUUGUCAGGCCUUUGGCGACAGAGAAGAAGGCGAAGAACGUCAUUCUCUUUAUAGGCGAUGGAAUGACAACCAACAUGAUCACCGCUGCGCGUCUACUGGGCCACAAUAGCAUCAACGGCAAAUACCAGAGCCUACUACAAUUGGACAAGUUUCCCGUCUUGGGUCAUCAGAUGACCCAUUCAAUCGAUAGCUUCAUCACUGAUAGCGCCAACUCGGCGUCUGCGCUGUACUCGGGCCACAAGAGUACGGUCAACGCUAUGGGGGUUUAUGCGGAUUCAUCGCCUGAUGCUUUUGAUGACCCCAAAGUAGAGACCAUUGUGGAACUGUUGAAGCGGACCUGGGACUCUGCCUGGGGUGCCGUUUCCACUGCUGCCAUCUCCGAUGCAACUCCAAUUGCUCUCACUGGCCACAGUCGGUCCCGGUACCAAUAUGGUUCUCUUGUGGACCAGGCCCUGAACUCGGUCACAAACUACACCUGGACCAACCAGGGUGGUCCGGAUGUGUGGUUUGGUGGAGGCGCCGAGCAGUUCUACCCAGGAGAUGGCAGCUACGAAGGGAAAGACUACUACGAGGCAUUUGCACAGGCCGGAUACGACAUCAGCUUGAACAAGACGUCGCUCCUCGAGAUGGGAAACAGCAGAAAGGCCCUGGGUGUCUUCUGCCAGUCGCACCUCCCAGUCUGGUUAGACCGCAACGUCUACACCGAGAAUCUGGCCGACUUCGAGAACGACCCUCUCGGGUCCGAAAGCCCAGCCCUGGACCUCCCCGGGCUGAAGGAGAUGACCCUCAAGGCCGUCGACAUCCUACACCACCGAGGCGGCAAGAAGGGGUUCUUCCUGAUGUCCGAGGGUGCUUCCAUCGACAAGCAGAUGCACGCGCUGGACUAUGACCGCGCCCUCGGCGACCUCUUAGAGCUCGACGACACGGUCCGCGCUACUAUCAACCACCUCAAAGCCAUCGGCGAGCUCGAAAACACCCUCGUGCUGGUGACUUCGGACCACGGCCACGGCUUCGACGUCUUCGGCGGCGUCGACACGAAGUACCUCGCCGAGGCAGAGACGGGUCGCCAGAAGCGCACCGCCGUCGGCGUCUACGAGCGAUCCGGCCUAUCGCAGUACACAGUGCCGAUGGAGGGCGUGUCCUACAACACCGGCCCCAACUUCCCCGUCAACUGGGACCCGCGCUACACGUUCGCGCAGGGCCUGGCCGCGGACCCGGACCGCCGCGAGAACUACCGCGUGCACAAGUCGGGUCCGCGGAGCCCCGUCAGCAGCACGCCCGGCUUCGACGAAGUGGAGGACGGUCUCUUCGUCGACGCCGAGGACGCGACCGACGGGUUCGUCGUCAACGGCACGCUGCCGGUCACGGAGGCGUCGGGCGUGCACUCGCUGACCGAUGUGGCGGUGUUUGCGAUGGGGCCUUGCCAGGAGAUGUUUGGCGGCGUCUAUGGCAAUGUUGAUGUCUUUUAUAAGAUGGCUAGUUGUCUGGGACUGGCUUGGCCUGAUGGGACGCCGCCUAAGCCGAUUGGUGGGGGGUUUGGUAACGAGACUCGAAAGGGGUAG